CCAAACAGAGAGGAAAAAGCGAGACGCUCCAAAUCCCGAACUCAAAUUUUAAGUAUAAAAAAGUGAAAGGCCUCGUCUGCCGAGGGCCGGAGCACGGGAAAAAGCGCUGUCUUUUGGACCCUCCCCCCCGGCAACCCUCGCACUCCGAUCCCCCAUUUCUAGGGUUUUCAAAUUCCUGCCGCCAAUUCGAAAUUGCAUGACUCGGAUCUGUAAUCCGACCUCCAUUGCCGGAUCGAGUGCUGCGUUGACCUAUCAACUCCUCCACCGGCAAUGUCCGCGCCCAAAGCUUCUCCCGCCGCCUCCGAAGCGUGUCCUACGAUUUCCGGACACGAAGAAUCAAGUUUAUCCCCACGGGAUGUCGUAACCGUAAUUGAUUCUCUAAAGAAGCAAGUCGCAUCGUCCCGCACUUUAUACGUAAAGAAACGUGUGGAAGAAAAUUCUGAGAAGGUCCUCGAUGUUACAACAAAUCUGUAUAAGCUUUCGAUGGAAAGGAGAAACUUUAAAAUUGGUUGCAGUGAGGGAGAUGUUGACUUGCUUGCAAAAAGGCAAAAAGAUGCGAUUGAUCUGCAUAAUGGUAUUGGUUCCAGUAAUGGAGACAAUGAGAGCAGUAGCUCCCAAGAAGAUGGAUAUGCCCCCUCUGCAAUUCUUUUAGGAUCUAGUAUUGCAGUCAAGAAUGCUGUCCGCCCAAUUAAGCUUCCGGAAGUGAAAAAGUUACCACCUUAUACUACAUGGAUCUUUUUGGAUAGAAAUCAGAGAAUGACUGAGGAUCAGUCUGUGGUUGGUCGAAGACGAAUUUAUUAUGAUCAGACCGGUGGAGAAGCUCUAAUCUGUAGUGACAGUGAAGAAGAAGCUGGUGAAGAUGAAGAAGAGAAGAAAGAGUUUUUAGAAUCUGAAAACUAUAUUCUGCGAACGACCAUCGAAAAAGUGGGUCUUUCUGAUAUGACGUUGGAUUUAUUGGCCCAAUGUCUAAGUAGAAAACCUUGUGAAAUUAAGGCAAGAUAUGAAGAUCUUAUGAAGGAUAAUAGUGCCACAUGUGAUACGAAGAAUGGAAAUGCUGAAGGUUUUGUGAACCCGUAUAUUGAUAAAGAUCUUGAUGGUGCUCUGGAUUCAUUCGACAAUCUUUUCUGUCGUCGUUGUUUAGUUUUUGACUGUAGGCUACAUGGAUGUUCCCAGGAUCUUGUCUUUCCUGCUGAUAAGCAGUUGCAAUCAUCUUGUACAGAUGUUGAGAAGGAUCCUUGCGGUCCAAAUUGCUACCGACGGAUCCUUCACUCAGUGGCUAACGGCGCCUUGAGCUCCAGAGAGGCAAAUCAUCAAGAAAAGGACACCCCUGCAUCUAAUUCUUCUGCUAUGCAAAUUCCAAAGAGGAUGAAACGAGGAAAGAAGUUGAGGUCUGUCCAAAGUGAGAGUGCUUCUUCCUCGGAGAUCAAACCUAUCAAUGAUGCCACUUCAUCAGUGAAGAGUUCAUCUGCUGGGAAAUCCGGUGGUGAUAAGAGAAGUAGCAAGAGGAUUGCUGAAAAUGCCCUAGUUGCCAAGAAGAAAAGGCAGAAGAACAUGGAACCUUCUGAUUCUGAUUCUGUUGCUGCUGGGGACCACAGUAUAAAAGAGUUGAAUUCUUGGAUGAAUCCAUGUCAAGAGAACGAAGAUACUAAUUCGCAGAAAGUGAAACCUGUAAAUUCUAGAAGGCCCAGAAGGAAAGAAUCCUUAGUUCCUGAAAAUAACAAAUCUUUUCAGGUGGAAGCUGUCAGUGGAGCAUCAAAUGAGAGUGAGAGCAAGGCUAUAACUAGCAGCGGAGACACAUUGAAAAAAGAAGAGCAUGUUGACGAAAAUGAAAAUGUGUAUAAACAGGAAGUGAAUGGUGGGUGUUGGAAACCAUUUGAAAAAUCACUUUAUGAGAAGGGUUUGCAGAUGUUUGGCCCCAACAGCUGUUUGAUUGCUAGAAACCUUUUGAGUGGCUUAAAGAACUGUUCAGAGAUCUUCAAAUACAUGCAUGAUUCUGAUAAGCAGAUAUUCGAUCAAGAUGGUAAUGAGAUAGUUCUUCUUGAUGGCUGGCUAAAAGCUGAUGGUAAAGAAACUGUGGGUGGUGGUGCUCAAAGAAGAUCAAAAUUUUUGCGAAGAAAGGGAAGAGUUCGUCGUUUGAAGUACACAUGGAAAGCUGCGGGAUACCAAUCAUUUAGGAAACGGAUUUCUGAGAGAAAGGACCAACCUUGUCGCCAGUACAAUCCAUGUGGAUGCCAAUCUGCUUGUGGAAAAUCAUGCCCAUGUCUUGUUAAUGGCACUGGCUGUGAAAAAUAUUGCGGAUGUCCGAAGAGUUGCAAAAAUCGAUUCAGAGGUUGUCAUUGUGCCAAGAGUCAGUGUCGAAGUCGACAAUGUCCAUGCUUUGCUGCUGAUAGGGAAUGUGAUCCAGAUGUCUGCCGAAAUUGCUGGAUAAGCUGCGGUGAUGGCACUCUUGGGGUGCCUUUUCAAAGAGGCGACAAUUAUGAGUGCAGGAAUAUGAAGCUUCUUUUAAAACAACAACAGAAGGUUUUACUGGGAAGAUCUGACAUUUCGGGAUGGGGGGCUUUCUUGAAGAAUACUGUUGGCAAGCAUGAAUACCUUGGAGAAUACACUGGCGAGCUGAUUUCACACCGCGAAGCUGACAAGCGAGGAAAGAUUUAUGAUCGGGAGAAUUCUUCAUUUCUAUUUAAUCUUAAUGAUCAGUUUGUGCUGGAUGCUUAUCGAAAGGGUGACAAACUGAAGUUCGCUAACCAUUCCCCCGAUCCAAAUUGCUAUGCUAAGGUUAUUAUGGUGGCUGGAGAUCACCGAGUGGGCAUAUACGCCAAAGAGCGAAUUUGUGCUGGUGAAGAACUAUUUUACGACUAUCGCUAUGAGCCAGACAGAGCUCCGGCCUGGGCCAAAAAGCCGGAGGCUCCAGGCACCAAGAGAGAUGACGGCGCCCCAUCAAAUGGUCGCGCCAAGAAGCAUAUUUAACUGCACAUUCGGAUCCUCAGCUAGAUUUUCCCUCUUCAUAUGCUGAUACAACACCGGAUAGAUUUCUUUCGUUCCUGAAUCGACGGCACCCGAUGCCGCCGGAAUCUUCAGAGUAACCCAACCCAUUCUUUUUGCUUGUGGCUGCAAUGCUGCACAUUAUUGCUCUCCAUACCAACGGCAGUAAAGAAUCGAAUUCUUCUUAUUCAAAAUGCACAAUUCUUUUCAGUAAAAACACAUUUGAAUACACUCCCAUUUUUAACCGUC